AUGCCUUCCUCGAGCAUCCUCGCCCUGGCCACCGCCAUCACCGGCGCCAGCGCUGCCUUCCAAGGCUUCAACUAUGAGAGCAAGGGCAACAACCAGCAGAGCUUCGAGGCCCAGUUCAAGAACGCCCAGGGCCUCGAGGGCACCAACGGCGGCUUCACCUCUGCCCGUCUCUACACCAUGAUCCAGGACGGCACCGCCAACGACCCCAUCUCCGCCAUUCCCGCUGCCAUCAGCACCAAGACCAGCCUCCUUUUCGGCCUCUGGGCUUCCGGCGGCCAGGCUCAGUUCGACAACGAGAUCUCCGCCCUCAAGAAAACGGCCUCGCAGUACUGUGACAAGCUAGACGGCCUCGUUGCUGGUAUCUCUGUCGGCUCUGAGGAUCUCUACCGCGACUCCCCCAUUGGCCAGGCCGCCGGCGAGAACCCUGGUGCUGGUCCCAAGGUGCUCCUCGACUACGUCCAGCAGACCCGUGAUGCCAUCAAGGGCACCUGCCUCGAGAAGGCCCCCAUCGGCCACGUCGACACCUGGACUGCAUUUGCCAACUCGACCAACAAGGUACUGAGCGACGGGCUCGACUGGGUCGGCAUGGACGCCUACCCCUACUAUGAGAACCAGAAGGACAACGGCAUCGACAACGCCAAGGAGCUCUUCCAGGCCGCCAUUGACAACACCAACACCGGCACCGGCGGCAAGCCCCUCUGGAUCACCGAGACUGGCUGGCCCGUCAGCGGCAAGUCUGAGAACAAGGCUCAGGCUAGCGUUGAGAACGCCCAGACCUUCUGGCGCGAGGUUGGAUGCCCCCGCUUCGGCAAGGUCAACGUUUUCUGGUUCAUCAUGCAGGAUGGCGGCCCCAGCCAGUCUGACAAGCCCAGCUUCGGUGUCGUCGGCGGCAACACCCUGAGCACCAAGCCUCUCUUUGACCUUUCGUGCGACGGUUACACCAACGGCGGCUCUGGCUCGUCCAGCUCUUCCUCCAGUGCCUCCGCCUCCAGCUCCAGCCAGGAGUCGACCUCUGCCUCCGGCAGCGCCACCGGUACCGCCACCGGCAGCCAGACCCAGACAUCUGCCACCGGCACCUCUGAAACCGGCGUCCCCGUCACCUCCGGCGCUCCCUCUACCCUGAGCACCUCUGCCGCUCCCAGCUCCAGCUCCGGCCCUGCCGGCACCGGUUCUCCGUCUUCCAACAGCCAGCCUGCUGGCACCGGCGUUGUUCCCUCUCGCACUCCUACCUCGCCCGCUGGCUCCAACACUCCCACUCCCGUUGGCAGCAACUCCGCCGCCGGCCUCAACUCUGUUGCCGCCGCCGUCGCUGCUCUCAUGGCCGCUGUUGCUGCCUUUUAA